GUACAGUACUUCCGUACUAUCGUAUGUUCGAAUGUAUAAAUAGGUACGAUGACGUCAGCUGCUGCGACAAGACAACCAACAAAACCAAAUCGAGAAACGAGAUGAUGGCGAAGAACAUUCUCAAACAAACCACAAACUGCGAAUGCCAACAAUCAUUACCACUCCGCCAGUGGUGAACACCAGCCGCACCCACCGGAGAAGCUAGCCAUGACCUGCAGCCCCUCGCUUCCCGAAACCGAGACCCCUCCGAUCCGUUGCGUGGAAGAGAAAAAAUCGGGCGAGGCUACAGAUGCUGCGUGCUUCGGAACAGAGGCGGACCGCCCACCGGGAACAACCACCACAACACCGACGGCGACGGGGAACCCCGGGCGCCUCGCCAGGAGCACCAAGCACUCCCCGGAACGCGGGUGGGUCUUUGAUCGGACCCUUCCGCUUCUCAUCACGGCCACGCCGCGCUCCGGAACCGUCGGGACCACCCGGUUCCUGCGGGAGCUGGGCCUCCCGCUGUCGGACGACGCCCACCCCCCCACCGCCUUUGGCAUGGUCUCGUGGAUCCACUGCGUGCACUCGCCCACCGACGACUACUACGGGAACGUCCGGCUCCGCGGCAGCGGCUUCGAGACGGUCCUCCACCAGAGGCGGCACGUCCGGAAAUCCAUCACGAGCCUCGCGUUCACGACGCCCCUCGGAACGACGCCCCGGAGGGGCCGUUGGAGCCACUCCCUCUACAAGUCCUUUGUAGGGGCACACGUCCCGCUCGACACGACCCGGUCCGUCCUCUACAUGGGGUUGCAGAUGUGGGUCGAGUGGCAGCUCUUUGUCCGGGAAAUCGCCGACUGGCACUACCGCGUCGAGGACCUCAUGUCCCCGGACCGCUCGGUGUCCGGGCCGAUCGUCGACCGAAUCUUUUCGGCAGCGGGCCUCGGGCCACCGAGCGACAAGGCCGUCGAGCGGGCCCUGAAGGAAGCCGACCCGAGGGCCAACACGCGGAAACACCGGCCGACCCUCAGCUGGGAGGAGCUCUAUGCGGUCGACGAGCGCUACGCCUCCAUCGCGCACGCCCUGUCGAAAGAAUACGGAUACGACUGAGGAAGGAACGGGUGCUGGUUUGCGGAACAACCGCAUUCCAGCGGCGCUGGACUCUUGUGUUUUGGUCCCGGUGUGCUGGUUCGGAGAAAUUCUUGGGGCAUCAACGGCGUAUACAC